CUUCCGGAAAAUAUUAGAGGCGUUUUGUUUUUCUUCUUAAUUUUUAAUUGUAAAGUCGCAGUUGAUCUCCAAUAAUGUUUUCCUUCUUCCAAAGAAUUUUAGACUGGUUCAAGAGUCUGUUUUGGAAAGAGGAGAUGGAGCUCACUUUAGUCGGACUUCAAUAUUCAGGAAAAACAACGUUUGUAAAUGUCAUCGCUUCUGGUCAAUUCAGUGAAGAUAUGAUCCCCACUGUUGGUUUUAAUAUGAGAAAAAUAACAAAGGGCAAUGUCACUAUCAAGUUAUGGGAUAUUGGUGGUCAACCCAGAUUUAGAAGUAUGUGGGAGAGGUACUGCAGAGGUGUUAAUGCUAUAGUAUUUAUGGUAGAUGCUGCAGACCAUGAUAAGUUAGAUGCUUCAAGAAAUGAAUUGCAUAAUUUAUUGGAUAAACCUCAGUUACAGGGUAUACCAGUAUUAGUUUUAGGUAAUAAAAGAGAUUUACCAGGGGCACUGGAUGAGAAAGAGCUAAUUGAAAAACUGAAUCUAUCUGCAAUCCAAGAUCGUGAAAUUUGCUGUUAUUCCAUAUCUUGCAAAGAAAAAGAAAACAUAGAUAUCACAUUACAGUGGCUUAUACAGCAUUCCAAAUCUGGGCACUAAAUGGACCUGCUUGAGGUUAAGGGUGUGGUUUGUGUUAUGAUUGACAUCUGUAUGAUGUGAAGCUAGCCAAUAGCUGACUGGUUUCGUUGUUUUUGUAUUCAGAGCAUGUUUGAAUCAUUGUGUAUAACAAUUUCAUACUUCUUAAUGUUGU